AUGUUACGACAGGGAUACCUCAAAGAGUUGUUGAGCGACCGGGGAAGGACCAACUUUGCCAGAGGACGCGAACAACAUCAAGGACCGUCGAAACCGCCCUCACCGACCCGCACCAUACACAUGAUCAUCGGUGGCAGCGAAGAUGCUUCCAUCAACAACGUAAAAUUCACCACUACCCACAAGCUCAAAUGGUCAAUCACCCAUGAACGAUACGAUGAACUCGAAGAAAGUUUCAUCUUCGAUAAGUCGGAUGCUAACCAUUUGAUUUUCCAUUACUAUGAUGCCCUUGUUAUUACUUUGCGAAUUUUAGAUAUCGAUGUGAGACACAUUAUGCUAGAUGAUGGGAGAGAUGCGUGCAUUAUCCUCCCUCGAGUACUUGCACAAUUGAAACUCGAAGAUAAGAUAGUGUCACGUUGCAUUAUGCUAACUGGUUUUAACAAUGCAGUUGAGCGGACAUCAGGCGAAAUCACGCUCCCCGUUCUGGCCGGUGGCAUCACUUUGGAGACCACAUUCCACAUCAUGGACCAAUGUACAAUGCUAUAA